AAAGAACGAGAAAAUAGAUAUUCGUGUAAAAACCGAAAAGCAUUGGGAGUUGUGUUGCAAAAGGAGGCGAACAAUGGUUUCAAAGUUAUUAAAUUCACACGAAAUAAUCACUUCGAGACGUCGGGAAAACUGUUACCCAAUGACUAUAUAACGCAUGUGAACGGCGUUUUGUUAUUGACAUCAAAGCAAUUGACUGACACAUUGGAUGAUCUAAAACCGGGACAAACCAUUAAAUUUAAACUAAGUCGAAACCAUACCGACAAUACUCUUAACAUUAAGUACGAAGACAUCGUUGGUUUAGAUUGUGAAGUCAUUU